AUGCAGCAGCAACAGGACGACGUGGGCGUGCUGGACGACGACCUCUUGGCCGAGUUGGCCGACGUGCUGUCGUUCGAGUCGUCGCCGUCGGCGAGUGCGUUCGGGCCGACCGAAGACUCGAUGGGGUCCAUCUUGGGCGACGACAUGGACUUGAUGCUGUCCAUUGACAUCCCUUCCCUGCCGGACGUCAAGACUGGGACGCACGAGGUCGCUAUUCUGCCGUGCAAAAAAGCGUCAGCCACAAAGGACCGGGCGGGCGCCCACAGCAGUGGCAAAGCACCAAAGGAACCGCUCGCCUCGAAAGGCAAAGACGCUCGCAGUGCCCCGUACUCGAAAGCCAACAAACAGCGCCGUCGCAAGCGCCCGAAAGACGAGCUCGACUACCUCCGCGCCAAAGUGGCCGACAUGGAACGCGAACUGCAGAAUCUCCAGCUCGAGCCGGGCGAGGGGUCGUCCGUGGCCGAUAAUAAUGCUGCGCUGUUUAGCACCGAGUCGCGCUCGUCGCAGAGCAUGUUGAUGAGCUGGCAGCGCAUUGCCGAGCGACAGAAGAAGGAGGUCGACCGCUCGAUCGUGGAAAACUUGCGACUGCGCGCAAUGCUCGAAGGGCAGCUGAGCGUCGCGCGGAGCUUGGAAGCUGCGAUCGACCAGCACCAGCGAGACGCCGCGCAGUCUAUUUCCCCCUUCCACACCCGAAACGGAUCGAGCAGUCUGCUGCAGUUUUCCGCCAUGUCCGAAGAGCUCAUUUUCGCGUGCUUGGCCGAGAACCUCAAGACGCAGUAUGCUGAGCUGGACUCCGUGUUCGAGCAGUGCGGGAUCACGCACGUCGACCACGACAUGAACAAUGGCACGACAGCGCAUACUGACGCAAGUGGCGUAUCCGUCCGGCACGUCGACGUGCGUCUGCUGCCGUUCUCGCCCGAUACCGUGCACCAAGCAAUGUGGGGCAUUCUUCGACACAGCACAGCCAAGGAAAUGAUGAUGGGUCCUUUCCAGACGCAAGUGAUUGACGACAAUCGCAUGAACGUCUCUAUGGUCGAGACCAUUGAGCUAGGCAAGUUCCGAACGACGAACAUCGUUCGUAGGUUCUCCUUUUGGCGGGUGUUCGAGAAGGACCGCACUGUGAUCUUGUGGAGUUCGUACGUCGAAAUGGACGGGUCGAUCUCCGUGCGUCUUCGCGAUAAGGGCUACACUGCAUUCUCUUCGUACAAUUUCGGGACCGAUAGCUUUGGCGUUGGCGUCCCCGGUUCGGUCACCCGUAUGGUGGUGCUAGCAACUCCUGAAUUAACGACGACGGCAAGCCUAGAAAUGGCAACGCCUGUGUCUCCCGUGGAGGGAAAAAGUCAUAUCGGGGAGCUGACUGAGCUCGUGGUGGGAACGUAUCGAGUCAGCAUGGGAUUGGUGCAUCAGAUGAUCGACACGCUUUUGCUCCGAGAUGCAAUGGGCGGUAAAGCAAUGGGAGACGCACCAUCCACGUCGUCUGGAAGUCCAGUCGUGACGUGA